AAUUUUUCGAUACCGGGAAAUGUGACAGAUUCAAGGGAAUCUCCACCUCAAAUUCCUCUAAAACCAGCUCCUCAAGAAUGGGAGUCCUAAGAAAACUCGACCGCCGUGAAGCGACUGCUCCCGGAACCGGUGUGGCCAGCUUGGGGUUGCGAUACGGAGACUGUUGGCGAGACACCCUUUCCACCUCCCGCCUCCUCCCGCCGCGUGGUUGCCAUGGCAACGGAGAGAGCCGGCGACCUGGGUUCCGGAAGCCGGAGAGCUAGAGCUUUGGAAGCUACCGUGGUCAAAGGAUGCUGAGUCCAGAGCGCCUAGCCCUACCGGACUACGAGUAUCUGGCCCAGCGACAUGUCCUCACGUACAUGGAAGAUGCAGUGUGCCAACUGCUAGAGAACAAGGAAGAUAUUAGCCAGUACGGCAUUGCCAGGUUCUUCACUGAAUAUUUUAACAGUGUGUGUCAGGGAACUCACAUUCUCUUUCGGGAAUUCAGCUUCAUCCAAGCAACCCCUCACAACAGGGCAUCUUUCUUACGGGCCUUCUGGAGAUGCUUCCGAACUGUGGGCAAAAAUGGCGAUUUGCUGACCAUGAGAGAAUAUCACUGUUUGCUGCAACUGCUGUGCCCGGAUUUCCCCCUGGAGCUCACUCAGAAAGCAGCCAGGAUUGUGCUCAUGGAUGACGCCAUGGACUGCUUGAUGUCUUUUUCAGAUUUCCUUUUUGCCUUCCAGAUCCAGUUUUACUACUCAGAAUUCCUGGAGAGCGUGGCUGCCAUCUAUCAGGACCUGCUGGCAGGCAAGAACCCCAACACAGUGAUUGUGCCAACAUCAUCCAGUGGGCAACACCGCCAGCGACCUACCUUGGGCGAGGCUAGUAUGUUGGAGGGAGUGGAGGCAUCACUGUUCUACCAGUGCCUGGAGAACUUGUGUGACCGGCACAAGUACAGCUGUCCACCCCCAGCACUUGUCAAAGAGGUACUAAGCAAUGUUCAGAGACUGACCUUCUAUGGAUUCCUUGUGGCUCUUUCAAAGCAUCAUGGAAUCAACCAAGCCCUGGGAGCUUUGCCUGACAAAGGAGACCUAAUGCACGACCCAGCCAUGGAUGAGGAGCUGGAACGACUGCUUGUCCAGAUCCCAGGCCUGGUCAACUCGGCCACUGCCAAUCCGGAGGCCAGCUGCCUGCCUUCCCGAACCCCUCCCCGGGUUGGCUCCCCCUGGAGACCCCUCCAUCAUGCCCGCAAGAUGGAUGCAGAGAGCGAUGGCUCCACUGAAGAGACGGACGAGUCCGAGACUUGAGUCUGAAGGGUCCUGUCCACAACGCCUGUAUCCAGCUCCCACCUACCUAGCCCUUGGGACUCCCAGCCAUCCUCCUCUCCCACUCCUGUGCCAUGCUGCCCUCUGCUGGUGAAAAGCUUGAAUAACAACAGCCCAAGCCCAAAGACCAGCCAGAGGGGUUCUGGUAUCAGCCAAGCCAAGCAGUGACCCUGAAAAGUAACAGCCUACUCUCCUUGGCUCUGUCAGCCUCUGUGCUUUAGGCAGGCCCCAAGCUGACAGCAGACUGAGCUGAAGCCACCAGGAGGUGACUUGGCUUUAGUCUUUUGCUGACAGUCCCUGCAUAAAGGUGGUCUCCUCACAGCAACUCCAGGAAGGGGAGAGACCAUGAAUAACCAUGCAGGGCCUUGCAUGGUCAAGGGCAACACCAGUGAUGCAAGUAUGGGGUGGACAUAAACAUGGUAGCCUUCUGCUGGAGGAAGAGCCACUACCAUGAUAGGAUGAAGGGUAGGCAAGAAGACAAUUCCACUUUCAAAAACUGCUUCAAGUCUCCUCUGUGUCUAAUAGUUAAGUAUGUUAAAUGAAUAAAGUCCCUUGUAUCCAG